AUGAGACCCAGCUGCCCGCACACCCCUGCUGACGACACGCGCCCUCUAUCCCACGCCCACGAUUCCGUGUCUGCUGGCCCACAAGAGCUUUCUGCCCGAUGCGCGCCAACUCUUGCUGACGACAGUGCCCACCCACACGACGUGCGCGCGAGUCCGCCUCCACCCUACAUCAUCCCUCAUCGCCAGCUUCCUCCUCUCCUUGUGGUCCGUCCGCCGAUCUUCUCUCGAUCCCUCGUCACUCCACCCGCGACACGCCUGUGCCCUGCCUACUCUUGCCCGCUGAGGCAACGAGCGUGCGAGCCUGCCUACAGCAUCCCACGUCCCUCUACGCCUACCUCUUUUCCAUGA